GCUAAAACAGGCAGGGGUAGCCCGCGGGGCACACAGAGGUCACCGGGAGGGAAAGCCUGCUGAACGUGGAUGCAGUUUUCUAGCAGUUAUCCAGAGCCUCCGGGUUAAAAGAAGAAUUUAUGGAUCCUUAAAUUAACAGGAUCCAGGGUAUCCACUAAGAACUGUCCAGGAAGAAUCCUGCUUGUGCAGAAGUGCUGCCCAGAGCUACAAUGGAGGGGGAGGCGGGGGAGGCACCAGGGCUGGGCAGGCCCGCUGCUGCCAAGGACUUCCACUUUCAUCACACAGAUCUGUACGACUCUGAAGACAGACUGCAGAUCUUCCCAGAAGAAGACACUCAGAUGAGAAGAGAAGUAGUUCAAGCCGAAACGACCAAUGAGCCAAGAGAGCCCAUGAAAGGGAAGGCUCAGAGAGACCUUGGAGAGGAAGUGGAUGAACUUGUCCAUCUGUAUGGACUUGAAGAUGAUCACGAAUUAGGGGAUGAGUUUAUUGACGAAAGCAUGCCCAGAAUAGAGGUUUCAGAAUAUCCUCCUUAUAUGAUGAUGGGGAGAGAGCCACUGAGGGAGCAGAGAGACUGGAGACUUAGUGGUGAGGCUGCUAAGGCUGAAGACCUGGGCUUCGGGGCAUGGGGCUCGGCAGGCCAGUGCCAGGACUUGCGGGAAGCCUAUAGGUACACCCACGGCCAUGCCAGUGAGGAGUAUGAGUGCUACGUUAUCCCAGAGGAGGAGGACGAGGAAGAAGCUACCGAUGUCUUCUGUGUCACUUGCAAAACUCCAAUAAGAGCAUCGGAGAAGGUUUUUGAUGAGCACAAGGAGCACGAGGUGACCCCGCUCCGUAAAGCACUGGAAAGUGCCAAGGAUGAAAUUCACAAAAACAUGUACAAAUUGGAAAAGCAGAUUAUUGAGAUGGAAAAUUUUGCAAGUCACUUGGAGGAGGUUUUCAUCACUGUGGAGGAGAAUUUUGGAAGACAAGAAAAAAACUUUGAGUCACAUUACAAUGAGAUCUUGGAAACACUUGCUCAAAAAUAUGAAGAAAAAAUACAAGCUCUAGGGGAGAAAAAAAAAGAGAAGCUGGAAGCCUUGUAUGGACAGCUGGUCAGCUGUGGAGAAAAUCUUGAAACCUGCAAAGAACUGAUGGAAACAAUAGAGGAGAUGUGUCAUGAAGAGAAAGUUGAUUUCAUUAAGGACGCUGUGGCUAUGGCUGACAGACUCAGAAAAUUCCUGAAAACAAAAACAGAUGUGGAAAUCUCGGCGCAGCCUGAAUUUGAAGACCAGACCUUGGACUUCUCUGAUGUGGAGGAGCUUAUGGGCUCCAUUAACACCAUCCCAGCUCCUUCUGCUCCAGUGAUAAACCCACAGGCCCCCAACUCAGCCACAAGUUCCUCAGUCCGAGUGUGCUGGAGCUUAUACUCUGAUGACACCAUAGAGAGCUAUCAGCUAUCCUACUGGCCAGUGCAGGACAGCUCGCCUGGGAAGGACGGAGCAGCGUUUACGAUGACGGUCAAAGAAACAUAUUGCUCAGUGACAAACCUUGUGCCAAAUACCCAGUAUGAAUUUUUGGUCACAGCUCAGAACAGGGCUGGCCUCAGCCCCGCCAGUGAGUGUGCAGUGUACAUGACAGCUCCUUGUCCCCCCAUUAUAAAAAGCAAAGAGAUAAGGAGCUGUGAAGAGGCUGCGCUGAUCUGCUGGGAGUCUGGGAACCUGAAUCCUGUGGACUCAUACACGGUGGAGUUGACCCAGGCAGAAACGCCGGGAGCCUCGGGCGUAACUGAGUCUGUCGUGGGCAUCCCCACCUGCGAGUGCCUGGUGCAGCUACAGCCCCGGCAGAGCUACACCAUCUACGUGCGAGCCCUCAACGUGGGGGGCCCCAGCGCAAGGAGCGAGCCCGCUACAGUCCACACCACAGGCAGCUACUUUCACCUGAACGAGCACACCCGCCAUCCCUGGCUGACCGUUUCUGAAGAUGGGCUUACAGUGGUACGGAGUGAGAGGAAAGCCCCCGCCGGGGAGCCGCUCCCCAGCGACACCCGCUUUACCAGGUGUGUUGCUGUCAUGGGAAACCUAAUUCCAGUUCGAGGGCGCCAUUACUGGGAGGUGGAGGUGGACGAGUGUUUGGAUUACACGGUGGGUGUGGCCUUUGAAGAUGUCCCUAAACAGGAAGACCUGGGAGCAAACUGCCUCUCCUGGUGCAUGAGGCACACAUUUGCAUCAUCAAGGCAUAAGUAUGAAUUUCUACACAAGACGACUCCCGAUAUAAGGAUAACGGUUUCCCCAAGGAAGAUUGGCAUUCUAUUAGACUAUGAAAAUUCAAAAUUGUCAUUUUUCAACGUGGACAUUUCUCAGCAUCUGUACACGUUCAGUUGUCAGCUUCCCCAAUUUGUGCAUCCCUGUUUUUCUUUGGAAAAGCCUGGAUGUCUAAAGAUACACAAUGGCAUUUCAAUGCCAAAGUGCGUCACUUUCUAUUAGACCAUUCUGAUGCCCAGCUUCCUGUCUCUCUUCCGUACCUACCCCUCUCCCAGCCACUCACGCCUCAGCUGCCUGAACUUAGCAUUCAAGCACCAUGCACCCAGCCCAUCAUUUAUGGUUCAUGUUAUUAUCUGCCAGACUGGUGUGCUGGCAUUCAUUUCACCUGACUUGGAUCCUGUGUGCUGCCACCUGUGUGAUGCUAGGUUAGUCAGUUCUGGCUGUAAAAUGAAGGCUCAGACUAAAUGAACUCAAAGGUCUUUCAGGUUGUCAAACUGUAUUGGUCUAUCUGUGUAUGUGCAAAGUAUCUGAGUCCCCAAGGCCUACAGAGCUUGGGGGAGAAGGAGGGAAGAGAUAUAUAAGUGUUAGUGGCUCCAGCCACCCCAGCACUUGUGACAUUUCAUUAGUCAGCCAAGAACAGGUGUAAGAAGGCAGGAGGCCACCCACAAAGAGAACCAGGGAAGCCACGUGCCGUGCUCAGCAGCCUUCUCCUCUCCUGUUUUCCCAGCAGUCAGUGGCACUCCGGUGAGGUUUCUCCCACCGAACACUGCUUCUAAAAACCUGGUCCUCUCCCUCAUGGUACUUACCCCCUUUAAUUUUGAAAUGAUCUUUGUAACACCUAAUUCCAUGAAGGCAGGACAGUCUGUCUUGUUCAUCACUCAAUCCCCAAGGGCUAACACGUGCACACCAAAUAUUUGUUUCAUCCAGCCACUGCUCUUCGGCCUCUCACUGCUCUCCAUGUGAGGGAUGGCAGGGCUUGUUCAAACUAUAGCAGAAGACCUAUUGCAGGAGAGGGACAAACCUGAGGGGAGGCAGUAUGAAGGAAGAGAGGGGCAACUGUGGCUAGAUGGCAAGACUGGUAAAAAUGCAACAUUACCUACUACUACGUGCUUCCUGGUGUCACACAGCAGCCUACACAUAAAUAAUAAUAAAUGUGUUGCUUUCACUAUGUGCACGUUUGGGGUAGGGGGGCUAAGGUCUGGUAAAAAAUAGACAACAUUAGUUGCAACUGAUUCUAGGAACUGUCCUAUAAUGCAAAGAGAACCAGAUUUGAAAUUGGAAGACCUGAGUUUGAUUGCUAUUUUGUAGCGACUUUGCCUUACGACCACUGAAAAGUCACAUUAUCUCCCUGAGCUUCUGUUUCUCUUUAAACAAAGAGAAAAAUAAUACUUGUCUUAUAGGAUGGGAGAUUUAAUGACAAACAUGAGAAUGCAUAACAGUGUAUGACAUAUAGCAAAUGCACAACAAUCUUUCAAGAGAAAAUAUCAGUCCACCAAGUGCAAAGCUGAGCCCUGGUAGGAGAGGUGGUCUCCAGCCAGCACCUUUGGGCAUCCUGCCUCACUGCUCUCAUGCCAUUUUGUGACCUCGAUGCCCAGCUCCCUUGGCUGCAUUUCUGGUUCUCCAGUUCAAGUUUCCAGUUGCCACUUAAAGCUCUGCAUACACAGCAUUUUCAUGCUUACCAGUCAAGAUGCAGAGUAAAUGACUCCACCUGUAAAGCAAUUCUCAGGGACAAUUUAGUAUCGUGCCCUGUGGAUGCUUCUCUAAACAUAUAUGCCCCUGAUCUCAUCACUUAAAGUUUUAUGUUAACUGAAAAAUCUUUCACUUUAAAGAUUUUCACUUACAUGUUUCCCAGUACACUCAAAGUCUGACACAAGGAGAACCUCUUGUCUCCUAUCUCAAAACUCUGCCUAUUGGUAUAAACAGAAGUUCAGAUUCUUGAAUUCACAACUCAACUUGACAAUCUUAAAGCUCGUUACAAACACACACACACACACACACACACAUCCCUCUGCCCUGCCAACCUGGAUCACUACCCUUAUAUAAGGAAGAUACAACCAAAGCAAGCACAGAGAUGGUUCAAGUUACAAACAAUUAAAAUAUAUAUGUGUGUAUUAUCAAAAAUGUUAUCAGCUACUAAAAAAGAAACUACUGAGUAGGAAGUAGGACAUCACAGAUAAAGUAAGUUUGAAUUCAGGAGUCUAACAGGCUUUAUUUCACAUGUAAUGUAACAUGGAUAAAAACUAGGCAUCUAUAAGGUUCUAAUAAAAUUUUAUUUGAUCAAGAAAAAAAUGGUGUAGAAAUAGCUUUGAUUUUUAAAAUCCACUUAAUUUAAAUAAGGCAGAUGACCAACUUCAAGCAUCACAAUUAUUCAGCAUAAAGAACCCUUCUUUAAACAUGUUUCUCAUCUUCCACAAGAAAAAAAAAGUCUAGAAAAGAACCACAACAAAACUUUUGUUUUUUGUAAAAUAUUCUAAUUCCUUAAAAUGCCAACAACAAUCUGCUGGAACUAAAUUUCAAUAAGGGGCAGGAUUUACCUCAAGGCCAUGUUCACCUGCAACCUGCUGAUAAAUCUGUUAAAAAACAAAACAGAAAAAGAUUUUUUUAAAAAAAAUCAGACCAUUGUAGCCACAAUCCCUCAUAUUGGGCAAAAGAUACCAAAAUCUGUUCUUUUCUUAGCUUUACCUAUAUCACUUUAUAACUCUUGAGCAAGUUAUUAACAUAAUCUUUGGCCUCCCCACCUUAACAAAGGGGAAAGAGAAUAUGUAAAACCACCACAGACUCCUGGUGUAAACUAACAUGGUUUAAUAAUUCAAAAUACUCAGAAUUUAAGGCACCUUUAUUAGAUGAGAUUGUAAAGCUGGUUAGAGACUCGGGAUACAAAAUGACACUGGUUUCUGGUAAAAUUAAACUGCCUUUUAUUUGGAAAAGUGUAUGUUUAAUAAUUGACUUCCUGCUGGUUCAAACAACAAUAUGCAAUCACUUGUACACAUGCAAUAAAGUAAUUUCUGAAGCA